CUGUGCUGUGACCUAUCUCGUGUGCAUUUGUUAUCCCGACUUUGGAUUAAUGCAAAUAGCCGAGACUGCAUCGCAGUGCAGCGUACAGCAAAGGCUCUCUCUGGCACGGUGAUGUAGUCUAAACAUCAUAUGUAAACCAAGGGUCAUUUCAAUGUGGAAGCUAAUUAAACAGAAAGUAAAUACACCACGAUAUGUGGGAGAUUACAGAAAUAUCUGCUAGAGGACAUUUAAACGCCCAAAUAUUCGAUUGUUUGAUGCCAGAGACGGGGGGUCGUGUCCUUGGUUGUAUUUCCUGUGUGGAAUACCCUCCGAUAGCUCCCACCGGACUCGGUACAGAACGAAGGUACAAAUGCCGGUGUGUGUUCACUAAACCAUACCACAUUGCGUUUGACAAGCCGCCGUGUUAGAGGGUUUCCUUAGAUGAAGGAUCUGAGUUCAGUAUGUCGGCCAGAGAAAAGGAUUAUCAUACACUGAGAAAAGAACUUCUCAGGACCAACUCCCUGUUUGUGGACGCCGACUUUCCCCCGGACUACAGCUCCCUGACCUUUGACAAGACCCCACCCGCCGGACUCCGGACCGUCAUAUGGAAGCGCCCGACAGAAUUGUCCAGAAACCCCAAAUUUAUAGUAAAGAAUGCCACAAGAUUCGACCUUGAUCAAGGAUACUUAGGCAACUGUUGGUUCAUCGCUGGAGCUGCUCUGGUAGCCACCAAAAAGAAGCUACUAGAAAGGGUGGUGCCUCAGGACCAAGAGUUUGACAGAACAUAUGCAGGGAUUUUCCACUUUAACUUUUGGUGGUACGGGAAGUGGGUGGAGGUGGUGAUUGACGACUACCUCCCCACGGACGGGUAUCGCCUGAUCUACGCCAGGAACAGGGAGGAACCCAACGAAUUCUGGGCAGCACUGCUAGAAAAGGCGUACGCAAAAUUGAGGGGUUGUUAUGAAGGUGUAGAUGGCGGGAAACUUCAGGAUAGUGUGGUGGACCUGACUGGGGGAAUCUCGGAAACUGUGGACAUUAAGGACAAAUCUCAGAUCCCGGUGGACAUCUACGAGAUUCUAUGGCGAUCCUGGAAGAUGAACAGUUUCCUUGGUUGUAGUAUAUCGCUUCCUCCAAAUGUGAGUUCUUCAUCUAGGGAGGUACGGCGGCCAAAUGGAUUGUACAUGGGCCACGCAUACAGCAUCACUGCUCUAGCUGUGAUUCCGUUCAAGGGGUCGAACGUCCGUCUCUGUAGACUUCGGAAUCCAUGGGGACGGAGCGAGUGGAAUGGUGAUUGGUCAGACGAGUCUUACCAAAUCCGAAACUUAUCAUCGGAAGCCAAACAAAGGCUUGGAAUCGUUAUUCAGGAUGACGGUGAAUUCUGGAUACCAAUUGACGAUGUGUUGGUUAAUUUCGAGGAGAUACAACUGAUUCACCUUCAGCCCGACGCAACAACACAGGGAGUGGCUAUAGAUGAGGGUAAACGCCAGUGGAACGUGACGGUUUAUCAUGACCAAUGGAUCAAGGGCGUCACGGCCGGGGGAUGUGGAAAUGCCCCAUACCAAGACUUGUACUGGAAGAACCCGCAGUUUUCGGUGACUUUACGAGAUGUUGAUGACACGGACAACAAACCAACAUGUACCGUUAUCAUCAGCUUAAUAGAGAAGGAGCACAACAACAAAUCCAAAAUAGCCAUCGGCUUCGACGUUUAUAAGGUAGGGAAUAUAGAACAUAUAGAAACAUAUUCAGUGGAAAGACUUGUGUUAGAUGAACGCAAUGGAGAAGUUAAGCCAGAAGCUAAACCGCCCCCAGUUCGGGACGCCUUUCGUGAGUUAUUUCUAAAACACGCUGGUGAAGAUGGAAAGCUCAAAGCGAAGGAGCUGAAGGAAUUUAUUUUAGAACUGUCAAGAACAGAAAUAAAUGAGCCUUUAAAAUUCAGCACAGAAACCUGCAGAAGUCUUAUCACAAUGAUGGAUCGGAAUAAAUCUGGCGAAAUGAGCUAUGAGGAUUCGAUCAAGAUGUGGAAAGAAGUGAAAGGCUAUAGAGCUGUUUUCCAACAGUUUGACAUAGACGGAUCGGGGACGGUGGAUACGUAUGAACUAGACAAACUAUUUAGCACAUUAGGUUUUCCUGUGAAUAGAAUGGUACAGACAGCAAUAGUCCGGCGAUACGCCGACAGAAACAACAAGAUCCGCCUCACAGACUUCAUCAUAGUCAUAUGUAAACUAACCCUCAUGUAUCAAAUAUACAAGGAUCAGCAAAUAAAAACGGGCAGCCCUGAUUCUGCUUCUUUCACUAUGAACGAGUUCCUUUAUUAUACGAUGUACUGCUGAGCCUUGUUCAACAUGGCGGAUAUGUCAGACGUGCCAACAUGUGUUCACUUCAUUUACCAUUUUUCUGGAAACGACUUCAUUGAAUUAUACAUUUAUCUACGAGUAGUCCCUACGAGAGAGUCUAAUACGUGAUGCAAUAUUUCAGUGCUACCUGAGAGGCCAAGAUUUUUUUGUUAUAUAUAUUUAUACAUAUUUGCAUUGUGUUUUAAUAAAGAGUUUAAUUUGUA